UAUUAGUUCAGUCUUUAGCCUUGAGUCAAGUCAACCAUGAUCAGAAUUCUAGUCUUUUUUCAGUCACUUUACUGGAUACAAGGAGUUGCAGGGGUGAAUGAUGUCUCUCAGCCCAAUAUACUCUGGGCUAAAUUCGGCCAGUCAGCCACAAUAAACUGCUCACACACCAAGGGUUCAUCUUACAAUCAGAUGUACUGGUUCCGUCAGCAUCAUGGACAGAGCAUGGAGCUCAUCGUGUACACUGGCACAUUCAUCACUGCAGAUUUUGGAAAGUUCAGCCAAAGUAAAUUCUCAACAAUUAAAACAGUAGCUGAGAGCGGCUCUUUUACAGUGAACGAUGUGGAUUAUAAUGACAGCGCUGUGUAUUUCUGUGCUGUGAGUGAACACAGUGUUAUAACCAUAGGGCAGAGCUGUACAAAAACACACUGUGUGUCAAGAAGAAAUGGAGAUGCCCAAAGAGGGCAGUAUGACACAAUAAAUCAUUCUGUUAAGCAGUCAUAA